AUGCACAAAGAAGGAAAACUUGCUCCAUCAACCACCCUAGCUGCCGUCGCUAGGCCAUCCGGGCAGUCGCAUAGUACAGUCUGCUCCGCCAAGCCUUCAGCCCAGAUACCCUCUCAGCCAGCACCGAUUCCAAUGGUUUCGGCGGAUGAGACAAGCAUUGUCCAAGCCAGGGACUCUAUCCCAUCCCCUGCAACGGUUCAUACGACCACUCAAUCGCCACCUCCUAGUUCUAUCUCUAUCUCGUCGCCUACUACCCCUCCUUCUUCUGACAUUAUCAGGCAACUGGACACUGCUCCACUCCUCCCAGAAGAUGUGGCUACUGAAGCUAAGGGUAUUUAUGAUGGUAUUGUCAUGCUCGAGGCGAAAUGUAUCGAAUUAGUUCCAGAGAAAGCCGCUGCUGCCAUUGAUAGUAAACCUCUGACCGACGAAGAGUGCCAGAGCCUCAUUACCCUACAUAAAACACUCCUCGGAGAAUAUCAUGACUUCCUUUGGGCUAGCCAACACCAUGUUGCUACGCUCUCUGUGAAUAAGCUUGCGACAAAACAUAACAUGCCUAAUCGUAUGUGCCUUCAUGGUGUCUAUAAUAUUCUUGAGCUAUUCAGAAGUCAUAAACUUGAAGACUCUGAGCGUAUAUCCUCCUUCCUCUCUUACGCUUAUUCUAUGAUGGCUCUCUUAUAUGAGACCAAGCCUGUUUUCGCGGAUACAUGGAUUGAGUGUUUAGGGUACCUUGCACGUUAUCAUAUGGCUAUUCAAAGUGAUCCUCGUGAUCGCAACACUUGGAUGGAUUCCUCCAGGUCUUGGUAUUCCAAAGGAGCAUAUCGACAGCCUCAUAUUGGUAGCUUUUAUCAUUAUUUGGCUGUUGUUUCCCGCCUCGACACCCUUCAACAACUGUUCUUUUACUAUAAAGCUUUAGCAGUUACUCAACCAUUCUCAGCCGCUCGUGAGAGCAUUCUCACUCUCUUCGCCGACAUUGCCUCCCAGGAAGUCCAACUUGAUCAUGAUGUUUUCAUCUCCUUACACUCCAUUUGUUUCACUAGUGUCAACCAAAAUACCUUCGAUAAGAAGAAAGAUGAAUACUUGGGGCUCCUUAAGACGAGUAUUCCUAUCAAUAAACCCAAGUUCAAGGCCUCUGGUGCUUAUAUUGCCAUUUGUGGGGUCGCUAGUUUAUUUCAAUAUAACCUCGAAAACGGGAGUAUGCAAGUAGCUACUACUUCUGAAGAAAAUCAACACACCACUGCCGAUGCCGAUGCCGAUGCCGCAGAUAACGAGCCCAAAGACGCUCUUCUUUUUCGACCUUCUGAGUUAAAUUCUGAUACCCUCAACAUUUCUCUUAUUUGUACGCAAGAACUUGCUUUCGACAUCCUCUCUUUGUUGUUCAGUUGCGAGGGUAAUGGUGUUCAACCUCAUAUCCACGUCUGGCUCGUUUUCCUCGACUAUCUCAAAUAUUACCCCAAUGGAAUAGCCUUGAUAUUUAAAAGGUUCCCCUGGAAACAAAUGACACAGUAUGGAACAGCACUUCUUAAGGAAAAGAAAAGCAAUAAAGCCUUUCUUGAAAGAGUUCAAGACAGCAAGAGCUUCCCAACCGUUGAAGGCUUACAGCCGUUGCCAGAGGAAUAUAUGAUGCGUGGUCUUGAAAUUGCCGGAAAAUAUUUCCCAGGUGAUUAUUUUAGCGGAGUCACCGAUAAUGACGAGACCGAGAGCUUUGUCGAACCCCCACAAAUUGAUGCCGCUCGAGAGGAAAAAAUUUUAUGGCUUAUGGUAAGGGUUGCAAGUUACUAUCCUUGGGUUCGGUUUGAUCCGGUUGAAUACGAUUUCAGUAUCUUAAACAAAUGGUAG